UCUUGUGGUCAAUAAAAUAGUUUAGUAUCGAAUCGAGUUCUCAGAAGGUGAUAUGGGGAAAAGCGUAGUAAUAUGGUUGUGCCUAAUUGGCAGCGUUUUAGCUGCUCCACCAAAAGCGGAACCUGUUCCCCUGAUGGAGGCAAAGGUUGGAGAUAGCGAUAUAUUUGGUGGUCGCAUUACCAAUGGCCAGCAAGCCGUUGCCGAUCAAUUCCCCUGGCAAGUUGGACUAUCGUUGCAAAAGAGUCUACUCUCAUCGUCGUGGUGUGGUGGUUCUUUGAUUGGUGCAAAUUGGGUGCUAACCGCUGCCCAUUGUACCAAUGGAGCCAUGCGUGUUACAGUCUAUUUGGGCAGCACGGUUCGUACCAGUCCCAAGGUCAGUCAUACCGUUGAUGCAAGCGAAAUUUUUCAACACACCGGUUACAAUGCCCAGUACUUGUCGAAUGAUAUUUCCCUGAUAAGAAUACCCACUGUGGCGUACAGUAGUUCGAUACAACCGGUACGUAUGCCCGCUAUAUCGUCAUCGUAUUCUACCUAUGCUGGUGACUAUGCCAUUGCUUCCGGCUGGGGUCGUACUUCGGAUGAUUCUACCGUCUCUACCGAUUUGAAUUAUGUUCGCCUGCAAGUCAUGUCCAACAUUCUCUGUGCCGCCACCUAUGGCAGCACCGUGGUCACUUCCAACACUAUUUGCGUGUCAACUCCGGGCGGUACCUCUACAUGCAAAGGUGAUUCGGGUGGACCUCUAGUUUUGGAAUCCAAUAAUGUCUUGAUCGGUGUAACAUCAUUUGUUGCUUCGGCCGGCUGUACAGCUGGUUAUCCUUCUGGUUUUGUACGUGUUACCAGCUAUUUGGAAUGGAUUAAGGCUAGAACUGGCAUUUCAUAUUGAAUUUAAAAACAAUUUUUGUGAAAAAAGAAUUGAAUGAUUAAUUUUGUAAGAGAAAAAUUAAAAUAAGACAAAUUUUGGAAAUAUA